UAAAGAUUUAGUCCUCCCACGCAACCUUCCACGACAAACUACCCGCGCACUCGCACAACUUGCCCUUUCCUACUUCAUUGCCCAGAAAAAAAACAUCACGUGAUACUAAAAGCUAGAAGCCUGCGGGGGUUACGUCAUUCACAUUCGCCAUCUUUUCUAUGGGCAACAGCGAGCGCCGAAUAAAUAAGAGGUGAUUGCUGACGUUCCUCUUCCUUUCCUGUGGCUCGUCCUAAGAGGAAGUGACGUAUGCGCGGUCGUCUAACGUCGCAAAAACUGGUUUCUCUACGAUUCUCCCCCUCCCUCCAUUUCUCUUCCUUCACGGAGGCUGGAAAUGGCCGCCGAGCAGUGAGAGUCGAACGCGAGGUGUCCCCCUCAAAAAGGUAAAACGGAGCCGGGAAGUGAUCUGAGUGAAUUUUGCAUUCUUAUUGUUGUGCAAGACUACAAGGUGUGAGCCAAUCAGGAAGAUGGGUCGUUCUAAUACUAGAUCACAUUCUUCAAGGUCAAAGUCCAGAUCUCAGUCUAGUUCAAGAUCUAGAUCCAGAUCACACUCUAGAAAAAAGAGAUACAGUUCUAGGUCUCGGUCUAGAACAUACUCACGCUCUCGCAGUAGAGAGCGUGUUUAUAAUAGAGAUUACCGCAGAGAUUAUAGAAAUAAUAGAGGAAUGAGGCGUCCCUAUGGCUAUAGAGGAAGAGGUAGAGGAUAUUAUCCAGGAGGCGGAGGACGAUACCAUCGUGGAGGUUAUAGACCUGUCUGGAAUAGAAGACAUUCUCGAAGCCCUCGACGAGACCGCUCGCGUUCCAGAAGUCCAAAGAGAAGGUCAAGAUCUUCCCAGAGAUCUCGGAGCAGAUCUCGACGAUCCUACAGAUCUUCCAGAUCUCCAAGGUCCUCUUCAUCUCGGUCUUCAUCUCCAUAUAGCAAAUCUCCUGUCUCUUCCAAAAGACGUGGGUCAUCAGAAAAGCAAACAAAGAAAACUGAGGCAACCACUUUGCAAGAUAGCUCUUUAAAAAAUAAAUCACAAGAAGAAGAGAAAAAUACAUUUGAACAUGAUCCAUCUGAGCCUCUAGAUGAUUUUAGUAAGUCAGCAGCAGCUUCAGGUGAUAUUUGGCCUGGCCUUUCAGCAUAUGAUAACAGCCCAAGAUCUCCCCAUAGCCCCUCUAUUGCCUCCCCACCUAGCCAGAGUUCUUCAUGUUCUGAUGCUCACUUACUUAGCACAGUUCACUCAGCAAAAGACACACCUCAGCACUCACAUUCCAUUCAGCAUAGCCCUGAAAGGUCUGGGUCUGGAUCCUUGGGAAAUGGUUCUAGUCGCUACAGCCCUUCCCAGAAUAGCCCACUGCAUCACAUUCCUACAAGGAGAAGCCCUGCCAAACCAGUUGCCUUGCAGAAUGCUCCACGUGAGGAGACUCGCAUACGAUCUUUUUAUGCAGAAGCUGGGGAACAAGAAAGUACAAAGGGUGCAAAGUUUCUUAAAAGGUACACAGAUGAAGAGUCUAGAGUAUACCUGCUUGAUAGAAGUAAUGCUAGGGAGAAGGAUGCUCAGAAGGAAAGAGGAUCAGAAAAGGGAAGGACAGAGGGUGAAAGAGAGUGGGAGGAUCAGGAAGCUUUGGAAUAUUAUAUGGAUAAAGAUUCUGGAAAGCAAAAGUUCAAUGACUCCGAAGGGGAAGAUGCAGAGGAAACAGAAGAUUAUAGACAGUUCAGAAAGUCUGUUUUGGCAGAUCAGGGUAAGAGUUUUACUGCAUCUCAUCGGAAUGCUGAAGAGGAAGGAUCGAAAUACAAAUCUAAAAUUUCUCUGAAGGGAAAUAGAGAGAGUGAAGGAUUUAGAGAAGAUAAAGGUUACAAACUUAAAGAGACUACCUAUGUAGUGGAAAGGCCUAGUGUACCUAAAGAUAAGCACAAAGAAGAUGAGAAAAUUUCUGAGAGAAUGAUGAAGAAAGAAACCCAGUCACCUGAACAGGUAAAGUCAGAGAAGCUCAAAGAACUAUUUGAUUAUAGCCCUCCCCUGCACAAAAAUGUGGAUGCAAGAGAGAAAUCUGCCUUCAGGGAGGAGAGCCCGCUUAGAAUCAAAAUGAUAGCCAGCGACUCUCAUCGACCAGAAGUUAAACUUAAAAUGGCACCUGUGCCACUUGAUGAUUCAAACAGACCUGCUUCCCUGACUAAAGACAGGCUGCUUGCUAGUACACUUGUCCACUCAGUCAAGAAGGAGCAAGAGUUCCGAUCCAUCUUUGACCACAUUAAGCUACCACAGGCCGCCAAAAGCACAUCAGAGUCAUUUAUUCAGCAUGUUGUAUCCUUAGUUCAUCAUGUGAAAGAACAAUAUUUCAAGUCAGCUGGAAUGACCCUAAAUGAGAGGUUCACAUCUUAUCAGAAGGCUACAGAAGAACAUAGUACCCAGCAAAAGAGCCCUGAAAUACACAGGAGGAUUGACAUCUCUCCAAGUGCCCUGCGGAAGCAUACCCGCUUAGUGGGAGAAGAAAGAACUUUCAGAGAAGAAAGUCAGAAAGGGGAUAAAAAAUUAAAGUGUGAUGCUGCGGAUCUUCGACAUGACAUCGACCGUCGUAGAAAAGAACGAAGUAAAGAACGAGGAGAUUCUAAAGGCUCCAGAGAAUCCAGUGGCUCAAGGAAGCAGGAGAAAAUUCCAAAGGAUUACAAGGAUUAUAAACCUUUCAAAGAUGACAGUAAACAAAAAAGAGAACAAGACCGUUCUAGAUCUUCCUCAACUUCCUCCCCAUCUUCCUCCUCAUCCAGUUCCCGAGAAGAAAAGGAUUGCAAGAAAGAAAGAGAAGAAGAGUUUAAACCCCAUCACGAGCAGAAAGAAUUCGCAGGUUUUACAGGAGUCGGAAGACCGAGAGGCACAUUUUUUCGAAUUAGGGGCAGAGGAAGAGCCAGAGGCGUGUUUGCUGGAACAAAUACUGGUCCCAGCAACUCAAACACUGCUUUUCAAAAGAGACCGAAGGAGGAGGAAUGGGAUCCUGAAUAUACCCCAAAAAGCAAGAAAUACUUCUUGCAUGAUGACAGAGAUGAUGGUGUAGAUUACUGGGCUAAAAGAGGAAGAGGCCGUGGCACUUUCCAGCGUGGCAGAGGAAGAUUCAACUUCAAAAAAUCAGGUAGCAGUCCGAAGUGGACACAUGACAAAUACCAAGGGGACGGGCUUGUGGAAGAUGAAGAUGAAACAAUGGAAAAUGAAGACAAGGAGAGGCGCAAAGAAGAAAAGGAAUAAUAACUCUGAAGAGCAGUUCAUGCAGAAAGAUUUGCGCCAUCUACACAGCAUUUUUGUUAUGACUUGUCGUCAAAUGAAUGUAAGCGUUUUACUUAAAAUUUUAUUGUUAGCGAGUAGCUUAGUUAUGUUUCUGUUUUGUUUUAAUACCUUCACAGUCUCAUGGAAUAGUAAUUGUUGAUGAUUAUACAAAAGAAACAAGGGGGGGGAAUGCAAUACUGUUUGUCAUGAUCAGUUUUUUAAACGUUUGUUGUUAAACAAAGUGUACUCUUGCUUUGUCCAGAUGAUACAGUCAAAGCCCUGAGAACUGUACUUCAUUGCCCCUUUCACACCUGUGUUUUACUAUGAAGGAAAAUACGGUUUCCACAUCUAACUCUUGAGACAGCAUUUUAAAAUAAAUCUGUAUUAUAUCUCAGUA